AGGUAAUUAGUCAUCUAAUUACGGAUCAGCGGAUGAUUAAUAAAAAAGGAAAGAAACGAGAGUUCAUCGAAGCCUGCCUAUAAAUACAGAUACUGUACAUUGGCCAACACGCAGAACAAGAGUUCCAUCGUCUCUCUGUGUUUGUGAAAUAGAACACAAUGGGAGGCUUGAAGAGGAAGAUACCGACUGAUGAGAAGAUAGAGAAGAAAGAAUCAAAAUCGGUAGCUUUCUCCAAGCGCCGUAGAGGUCUUUACAGCAAAGCAUCACAGCUUUGUGUUCUCUCCCGUGCUCAAGUUGCUAUCUUAGCAACUCCGCCUUGUUCCAAAUCCAACGUCUCCUUCUUCUCUUUCGGCCACUCUUCCGUUGAUAGCGUCGUCUCUGCUUUCCUUAAGAAUCAGUAUCCUCGGGAAGAUCAUCUAGGGUCAGAGUUUUGGUGGGAAGAUGAGCGUCUUGCCGAGUCAGAGGAUCCCACGGAGUUGAGUGAGGCGGUGGACUCUAUUUCGAGGAUGAUGCAGAAUCUAAAAGGGUUACGUUCAAAGGCCUUAGCAAAUCGUGAGGAUGCAAAGAAGAAGAAGAAGGAAGUUGUUCGUGAUCAGAGUCAAACCCUAAAUCUUCAGUCCACUUGUGCAAGUAGUAGCUGCAUUCAUGAGGAUCCACCUGAGAAUCUCCCGGGGCUUGUCAAGAAAAUUAAAGAGGAGGAUCAGAAAGUAGCAGUUUCUGACAAGAACAACAACAACAAGGAGCUUGAUGGAAACCAAACCCUAGGUUUUCAGUCUUCUUUUGCAAGUAUUUGCAUUCAAGAUGUUUCACCUGAGAACGUGGAGGGAGUUGUCAAUAGCAGUGAACAGAAGGAUCAGAUUGUAGUGAGUUCUGACAGCGUCAACAACAACGGUUUACUUGGAAACUUGGAUGGGUUUGAUCAAGUGCUUAGUCUUGAUGAUGACUUCAUUGAUUUCCAAGGGCUUGUCGAGAACUGUAAAGAGGAGGAUCACUUGGUUGACGAAAACAAGAAUGUCAUUAAACAUGGAACUCAUCAAGAUCUUGAUGGAAACCAAACCACAGGGUUUCAGUCGUCUGCUGCAAGUCUUUGUACUCAAGAUGUUUCACCUGAGAGUUUGGAGGGGAGUGAACACAAGGAUCAGAUUUUAGCGAGUUCUGACAGCAACAACGGUUUACUUGGAAACAUGGAUGGGUUUAAUCAAGUGCUUAGUUUUGCUGAUGACGACUUCAUUGAUUUUGAGAUGGACUCUGAAGGUCUUAUAACUACAAACUUCGAUAUGAGUGUUGCCUCAACGAAUGGAUAUUCAUGCACUGGUUCUGGUUCUGAAGAUGGAGCAAUGAUGGUGAUUCCAAGUGAUUCUGUUAAGGAUAAUCAGAUGGUAGCGGUUUCUGACAGCAACAAUGCUUUACCAAGAAACUUAUAUGGGUGCAAUCAAGAGUUUGAUAUUGACCAAAUCUUUGAUUUCGUGAAGAGUACUGAAGAUCUAUCCUUGAACUACAUUGAUGUUACUCCAUGAUCUCCUACCUUAUAGAAAAUUGAACAUUCGCCUAUAGCAUCAUUUGAUAGAAAAUUGUAACAUUCCUAUUUUGGAAAAUUCUUUAAAACUCCUUAAAACAAUU